AUGUCUUCCUCUUCUAAUGUCGCGCUCGAUGCUACCAUAAAAACUAACCAAACAACACCUUAUGCUAAUUCCAUUAAAGAAUAUUUUAGCAAUAAGGGGUAUGUGUUUUAUAUUGGAUUAGGACUUACCACUGUGGUUUUAACUGGAGUUGGUCUAUAUUUCCUUCAAGCACCUAAACCACCUAAACCAAAAAGCACACGUUCUACCUCUCGCAGAAAAGCACAAAAAACCAAUAAAUCAAGCGGAAAAAACGAAUCAACAGAAACUACAAGAAACAGAGAAGAGGAUGCGGAAGCUGAAGAAUAUGAAAGAUAUACCAUUGAUCAAAUAAAUGCCUUACCAAAAGAGAAACGAGUAACAGCUUCACAAUUGCUUAAAGUUCGUGGAAAUACUGCUUUUGGUAAAGGAAAUUAUGAAAAGGCAAUUAAGCUCUAUACACAAGCACUUGCAUUUAAUCAAGAUCCUAUAUUCUAUGGCAAUCGAGCCGCAUGUUAUUUUAGCAAAAAAGAAUUUCAGAAAACUAUUGAAGAUUGCAAUAGCUCAUUGGAAAUGGAUCCUUAUUAUGCUGUUAAAGCUAUUGAACGGCUUUUAAAGACAUUAGCUACAAUUAAAACUCAAGAAAUAAUGCAGGCUAGACCAAAACGUCUUCCAUCACCAGCACUUAUUUCUUUACAUUUAGGAACAUUUAAAAAAGCAACUUUUGAAGUGAUAAAUACUCAACCUGCAAUUUCUCAAGAGGAUAAAACUGGUGAUAAUUAUUUUAAUGAUGCACAAGAGUUCUUGUUGCAGCAAAAAUACUAUGAUGCAGUGGAAGCUUUUGAUAAAGCCAUUAAACUCAAAUGCGAACAUCUUGAUUAUGCUUAUAAUAUGCGAGGGACCUUUGCCUAUUUAAUGGGUGAUAUAGAAGAUGCAUUAGGCUAUUUUGAUAAGGCUCUUCAGCUGUCACCUAAUUAUGUACAAAUUUAUAUCAAACGUGCAACUAUUUACAUGGAACAAAACAAACCUUUUCAAGAAUGCUUGGAGGAGUUUUCAAAGGCUAUUGAAAUUGAUAAGGAUGAUCCUGAUAUAUAUUAUCACAGAGGACAAGUAUACUUUUUAAAUAAUGAAUUUUCAAAGGCUAUUGAAGAUUAUGAACGUAGAAUAGAGCUUGAUCCAGAGUUUGUUUUUGCUUACGUACAGCUUGCUCUGUGCAAAUAUAAAACUAAAGGAAUAGUAGAUGCAAUUAAAGUUUGUGAAGAUGCAAUAAGGAAGUUUAGUGAUUCAGCAGAAAUUUACAAUUAUUAUGGUGAACUGUUGGUUGAAAGCGGUGAUAUUACUUCAGGAAUGGAAAAAUUUGAUAAGGCUAUUGAAUAUACUAAAGGAAAAUUUGUGUUGCCUUUAAUAAAUAAAGCAAUGCUUUACUUACAUCCUAAUUCUACUAACAAUUUUAAUGCUGCCGAGGAUCAUUGUAAACGAGCUUUGGAAAUCGAUCCAGAUAGUGACCUAGCAAAUUUAAUUAUGGGCGAAGUUUUAUUGACGAAAAAUGAUUGGGAAAGAGCUUUACAAUAUUUUGAAAAGUAUCAAGAAUUUCCGAGAACCGAACAUGAACUUAUAGUUGUUCAGGAAUAUAUAGAGGCUGCAAAAUCUCGUAUUGCCUUCAAGAAAAAAUAUCCACAAGUAUCAUCUGAUCAUUCAUUUGGAAAUUUAUGA